CCUUUCGGCAGGCUACACUUCAUUGCUACACACGCUAGUCUAUACACUCUCGCGGCUGUAGCAAACCACUGGCAAGGACGAUAGUGCGCGUCCCCGUGACUCAGUCUCGCCACAGAAAACAAAGCUGCACGGCUUCCAUUACAGCCAGCAGAACUCUGAGAAGAUUUGCACAGAGACAUCUGAAAUCUCGUUCAUAAGAUGGAUCUACGGCUAAUUUAGGGACCGCAGAUAUAGAGGCCUGCUUGGAGGACAGUAAGACAGCAGGACACUUGCUAUAUUGACAAAACAUUUUUCCGGACUGCUUUGUCUUGGCCAGCUAGCAAGCCAUCAUUGUCGUUUCUGUUGCCAUCCAUCCAGCUAGUCUGCUAGCUGAACAGCUACGGAAAACAGCGCCAUGUUGUUGUCAAAAAAAGGGCUUGUUAGGAAGACAAAUCUUGACUUAAAGGCGGAACAUUUCCCCACCAGGACUCUCCGUUUUGCUUCAGGGAUCCCGAAUCUGUGCUCCAGUGGCAGAGCCAUCGGACUGUCAAUCGGCGACAUGGCGGAGCAAAGCUACUCCUGGGCUUAUUCCCUUGUGGACUCCAGUCAGGUGUCCACCUUCCUCAUCUCCAUCCUUCUCAUCGUUUAUGGCAGCUUCAGAUCAUUAAAUAUGGACUGCGAGAACCAGGAAAAGGACAAAGAUGGGAAUCCCACGACAAGCUCCUUCAACAACAGUAUUCAGACCAUAGACUCCACACAGGCACUGUUCCUGCCCAUCGGGGCGUCGGUCUCUCUGCUCGUCAUGUUCUUCUUCUUCGACUCGGUCCAGGUGGUCUUCACCAUCUGCACUGCAGUGUUAGCCACCAUUGCGUUUGCAUUCCUCCUUUUGCCAAUGUGCCAGUACCUAACCCGACCUUGCUCUCCACAAAACAAGAUCUCGUUCGGCUGCUGCGGGCGUUUUACCCUGGCCGAGCUUCUCUCCUUCUCCCUCUCAGUCAUGCUCGUGCUCAUAUGGGUGCUGACGGGACACUGGCUUCUUAUGGAUGCCUUGGCCAUGGGUCUGUGUGUGGCCAUGAUUGCCUUUGUGCGGCUGCCCAGUCUGAAGGUGUCGUGCCUGCUCCUGUCGGGCCUGCUCAUCUAUGAUGUGUUCUGGGUGUUCUUCUCGGCGUACAUCUUCAACAGCAACGUGAUGGUGAAGGUGGCCACCCAGCCAGCCGACAACCCACUGGACGUGCUCUGCAAGCUGCACCUGGGCCCCGGCGUGGGCCGCGACGUGCCGCGCCUCUCGCUGCGCAAGCUGGUCUUCCCCAGCUCCACGGGCAGCCACUUCUCCAUGCUGGGCAUCGGCGACAUAGUCAUGCCAGGCCUGCUCCUCUGCUUCGUGCUGCGCUACGACAAUUACAAGAAGCAGGCCAACGGCGAGGCGGCCGGGGGCGUUCCUGGGGCACCGGGCACAGCGGGGAACAUCGGGCGCAUGCAGCGCGUCUCCUACUUCCACUGCACGCUCAUCGGAUACUUCAUUGGUAUGGAGAAGAGGAAGGGUGUGGGGGAGGACAGGUCUAGAUAG